ACAAAUGUAGUGACUGAUUUUGUAUUAAUCGCAUGGCAUAUAGUUUAAAAUUGUAUAUAUUACUUAAAUAUGAAUAUUUCCUUUACAAUAUGUUAAGAAGCCGUUUGUUUAUAAUAAUGUAAAUGGAUAUUCAGGGCUGAUACAUUUGCCGACAAAUAAAUCUACCACAAUAUGGCAGAGCAACAACAAUCUCCUUCUGGAUUUAAACAUAUGUCCUUAGAUAAAAUUAUUGAAGCAAUGACUUCAGAUUUGGAAAGUUCCAAUGGUCACUAUGUUCAAUUUGGUAUAAAUCCACAACAAGCUGUAUCUCAUAAUUGGGGAGAUUAUUCUUCAGAUCAAAGAAGACAUUAUAUUGCUAGUCAAUCUCCUCAUUCUAAUCCACCUACAAUGCAAUCUAUGACUUCAAUGGGUACUCCUCUUUAUAUGCAAGAUAUGUCGAAUUAUGAUUCUACAACAGAAUCAAUAUACUUUCCAUCUCAAGCAGUAAAUCAUUUAGGUAUAAAUGAAAAUAAUGACUUGAUUGGUACUAUAGAUGUUGGAGGUGGCAAUUAUAUUAAUCUUUCAAGUAUGGCGCCUUAUAGAAAUCAAAACAUAAUUGACAGAGAAUAUGGUCUUUUUAAUGAUAGACGUAUUACUGUAUCAUCUGAUUUGCCAACUCAGAAUUUGAAUGGAAAGCAAUUAAUUGAAAAUUUGGUUGGUAAUUGGGCACCAAAUCAAUCUGGUACCUAUAGUCCUUUUGGUGGCUCUCCGAAUAUAACUCCAGUACCACAAUCAACAGAUGUUAGAGAUCCUGAAGAAUUACCUAGAAAUUCAACUGAUUGUCAACAUAAGAAACCUCGGGUGAUAGCAGAAGUAAAACCCAUGCGACCUUCUUACUCCGAUGUUUUAACAAAAUCUGCUCCAACACCUCCAUCUCCUUUAACAAUUCAACCAAUUAAACCCAAAACAGAAUUUAUAAGCAAGAAAAUUUCUAACAAGAAUUCAAAGAAUAAAUCUAAAUCUUCAGCAUUAAAGAGACAAAAUUCAUCUGGAAGUGAUGAUCAUAAUUCUCCAAAAAUGCAAAUACCAAGAAAGAUAUUAGAAAAAAAUAACUCAAACCUCCCACGGCGCUGGGUAUCAUUAGAUAAUCUUGGUUCACCAACUGAAUCUCAUGAAAUAAAUACUUUUGACAGAUCAAAUCACUUUGAAAAGAAAAAAAUUUCUAAAAUACCUAAAAAGUUUGAAAAAGGAGAAACACUUAAUAAUUCAAAAAUUCAAAAUAAUAAUUCUAAAUCUGCUGGAAAUAUUCCUAAACGUCCUAUACAGAUAAACAACAAUUUAAAUAUAAUAAACACUUCCAAUCAAUCUGUUUCCCCUGAAAAAAUAGAAAAAAAUCAACAAGUUAUUAACAAAAUGAAUAAAGAAGAAAAAAAACUUGUCAAGGAAAAGAAUUCUAAGCGUUUUCAAGCUGAAAAGACACAACAAAUUAAAAAAGCCCAAAGAAAUCGCAGAAGAGAGAAUAAAGAGUCUCCAGUUAAAGAUUUGUAUAAAAACCUAAACAAAUAUGCCAAUCAUUGGAUUAAAUUUGGAUUAAAAAUAUUUCAUUGGUUGCUACACUUAGUAUCUGAUGUAAUUAGUAUGAGCGUUAACCUUAUGAUUCUACUUGGUAAAUGUGGAUGGUAUCAUACUACAUUGUAUUUGAAACACUCAUGGAUUUAUAUGGCUAUGACAUUUUCAAACAUUCGUAUUUUAAAUGCUGUCGGUAAGCAAUUGGAUAGUUGGUUUGGAAAUAGUAAAUUUGCAUUUUGGCGUAAAAUAAAAACUAAAAGUGAAGAAAAAGAAGAAAAUAGUAAUUGGAUACGUGGUGGUCUUGAAGCCAAUAUUGCAUUACCUAGUACUGGUGAAGAGGCUAUGAAAAGAUUAUUAGCUUGUAAAGGAAAGGAUCCUUAUAGUAUACUUGGUGUCACACCAACAUGUUCAGAUGAUGACAUUAAAAAAUAUUAUAAGAGGCAAGCCUUCUUAGUUCAUCCAGAUAAAAAUAAUCAGCCUGGUGCAGAAGAAGCAUUUAAAAUACUCGUACAUGCUUUUGAUAUAAUUGGUGAACCGGAACGCCGACAAGCAUUUGAUCAAACGAGACAAGUUGAAGCAGCUUGGGGUGUAUUAAGUGAUUUACUUUCACAGCUUCAUAGAAAGAUGGAACAGGCAGCAAAUACAAUAAGAUGUACAAAUUGUGGUCUGAGGCAUAAAAGAAGUCCAACACAGCGCCCUUGCUAUGCAGCGCGAUUUUGUGCUCAAUGUAAAAUACGCCACAGUGCAAAAGAAGGAGAUAUUUGGGCAGAGUCUCGUUUAAUGGGUUUUCUUUGGCAUUAUUAUGCCUGUAUGGAAGGAGCAGUAUACGAUGUUACUGAUUGGGCAGCUUGUCAAGCUGGUAAUUUAAAACACCUAAGAGCAAAUACACAUAGUGUUCAAUACAGAAUUGUCUUAGGCCAGCGACCGCCAUCGCAAACCGCCAAUAAUGGUAAAAAGCGUCAACAAAUAGACCCAAAUACGAGUGAAGCCGAUUUUGAAGACUUUUUAAAUACUUUAUACAACCACAGCAAGACCGGAAAUACUAGUACAUUGGAACAAAAUUCAUUUGGAGGGAAUUGUAAGCGCCGUAAAACUAGACGCAAGAAGUAAAGAGUAUGGCAAGUUACUUCCUAAUCUUUUAG